AUGGCUGAGGGGCAAGAUAUUCAACCUCUCGUUCUCGAUAACGGAUCUCGAACUGCUGGUUUUGCUGGUGAUGAUGCCCCUCGGGCAGUUUUCACGAGCAUAGUCGGCCGCCCUCGCCACACGGGCGUGAUGGUCGGGAUGGGUAAAAAGGACGCUUUUGUAGGUGAAGAGGCCGAGUCCAGAAGAGGCAUCCUCACACUAAAAUACCCCAUCGAGCACGGCAUAGUCACCAAUUGGGAAGCCAUGGAGAAAGUUUGGCACCACGCUUUUCAAAACGAGCUCCGUGUUUCUCCCGAGCACCACCCUCUUCUCCUCACUGAGUCCCCUCUCAACCCGAAAGCAAACCGCGCGAAAACAACUCAAAUCAUGUUUGAAACCUUCAAUGUUCCGUCUAUGUACGUUGCUAUUCAACCCGUUCUUUCACUGUACGCCAGCGGGCGUAAAACCGGAAUAGUUCUCGACUCCGGUUUUCAGAAAAGCCACGCGGUCCCGAUUUACGAGGGCUACGCCCUUCCUCACGCCGUCUUACGUCUGGGUCUCGCGGGCCUUACGUCACUGAGUAUCUCAUGA